UCCCUUGUAGUCAUGGAGCCUCAAUUUCAAUCCUGCACCCUUGUUUCAACCUUCCUUCUAUUCCUUUUCGCCUUAUUCAAAUUCCUGAAACGAGCAGAACCUGAAACGCCAACCUCGAAGAAGCCUCCGGGGCCAUGGAAACUACCCCUCAUAGGAAACAUGCACCAGCUAAUUGGCUCACAACCUCAUCACUCCUUGACCAUGUUAGCCAAGAAAUAUGGACCGUUGAUGCACUUACAGCUUGGUGAAGUUUCAUCUGUCAUCAUUUCUUCUCCAGAAAUGGCCAGGGAGGCUCUGAAAACCCAUGACGUCAAUUUCUCUUACAGGUCUAUUGUUCUUGCUAUCAAAAUCCUGAGUUAUGGCUGUAAAGAUAUCGCCUUUGCACCUUAUGGCAAUUAUUGGAGACAACUACGAAAAAUUUGCACUAUGGAGCUCUUAAGUUUAAGCCGUGUCCAAUCAUUCAGAUGGAUUAGGGAAGAAGAGGUGUUAAAUCUCAUCAAAUCAUUAUCUUCACAUGAAGGAUCGCCGAUCAAUCUUACAGUAAAAAUUUUCUCAUUGAUAUAUGGCAUCACAGCCAGGGCCGCCUUCGGUAAGAAAAGCAAGGACCAGGAAAAAUUCAUAGCGAUAAUGCCAGAAACUUCAAAGCUGAUAUCAGGUUUUGCUCUAGCUGAUUAUUACCCUUCGAUUAAAGCACUUCAAUUUAUCACUGGAAUUAGGCCUAAAGUUGAGAAGCUGCAACGAGAAACAGAUAUGAUACUACAGAAGAUCCUGAAUGAGCAUAAAGAGAGAAAGAAAUUGACAACAAAAGUUGGCCAAGCAGAAGCAGGAGAAGAUCUAGUUGAUAUUCUAUUGAAAAUCCAGCAGGAUAGUGACCUUGAAUUUCCAAUAACUGACAACAACAUCAAAGGAGUUAUCUGGGAUGUUUUCAGUGGUGGGAGUGAGUCAUCAUCAGCAACGAUAACGUGGGCAAUGACAGAAAUGAUGAAAAACCCAAGGGUGAUGAAAGAGGCACAAGCUGAGGUAAGACGGGUGUUUAAAAGGAAAGGAAAUGUUGAUGAAAGAGAUGUUCAUGAGUUAAAAUAUUUACAUUUAGUUGUCAAAGAAACCCUGAGGCUACAUCCUCCAGCACCUCUUUUAGUUCCAAGAGAAAGCAAGGAGACUUGUGAGAUUAAUGGGUACAAGAUACCUGAAAAGACUAGAGUGAUUAUCAACGCAUGGGCAAUUGCAAGAGAUCCCAGGUACUGGAGCGAUCCUGAGAAAUUUUACCCUGAGAGAUUUCUCAACAAUUCUGUAGAUUUCAGAGGGACAGAUUUUGAGUUUCUCCCAUUUGGCGGAGGAAGGAGGAUGUGUCCAGGCAUAACUUUUGCACUAGCAAAUCUUCACCUGCCAUUGGCACAAUUGUUGUACCAUUUUGAUUGGAAACUUCCGGAUGGAAUGAAGACUGAAGACCUGGACAUGACUGAGGCAAUGGGCAUGUCUAUAAGAAGAAAAGAAGAUCUGAUUUUGAUUCCUGUUGCUUAUAAUCCUAUGUCUGUUGAAUGUGAUUUUCAUUUGAGUGUUCCAUCAAAUUCGGUGCUUGUCUUCCUCAUUUUCAUGGAGCUUCAAUUUCCCUCUUUCACCCUGAUGUUUAUCUUCAUCCUUUUCUUGUUCAUGGCAAUCAAAAUAAUAAAGGGACCAAGAGCCUGCAACUCAAGCUCAAAGAUGCCUCCAGGGCCCAGGAAACUACCUCUGAUAGGAAACUUGCACCAGCUAGUUGGUUCACUACCCCAUCACUGCCUCAGAGACUUGGCCAAGAAACAUGGACCCUUGAUGCACCUCCAGCUAGGUGAAGUUUCUAACAUUAUUGUUUCUUCUCCAGAGAUUGCCCAAGAAGCUAUGAAAACCCAUGACAUCACCUUUGCUGACAGACCCUUUCUGAUUUCUACCAAGUUGGUAAGUUAUGACUAUACUGAUAUUGCUCUUGCACCAUAUGGAAAUUAUUGGAGACAGUUGCGAAAAAUCGCAACCAUAAAACUGUUAAGUGCAAAACGAGUCCAAUCACUGCGAUCAAUCAGGGAAGAGGAGGUCUCAAAUCUCAUCAAAGCCAUACAUUCUAGUGCAGGACCAGUGUUCAAUCUUAGUGAGAAAAUUUUCAAAUUUACUUAUGGCAUGACAGCCAGGGCAGCUUUUGGAAACAAAUGCAAAGAUGAAGAAGGUUUCAUAUCAUGCGUACUGGAAGCCAUAAAGGCAGCUGCAGGUUUCUCCAUUGCUGAUUUGUACCCUUCGAUUAAAGCACUUCAGGUGAUUAGUGGAACGAGAAUGAAGCUUGAAAAGCUUCAUCGGAAGAGUGAUAAGAUCCUUGAAGAAAUCUUGAAUGAGCAUAAAGAGAGAAGGGUGACUUCAAAAACUGGCCAAGGAGAAGAAAAGGAAGAUUUAGUUGAUGUUCUUUUGAGAAUCCAGCGUGAUGGGGAACUUGAAUUUCCCUUAAGUGACAGUAAUAUCAAAGCAGUUAUAUGGGAUAUUUUUAGUGCUGGCAGUGAAACUUCAUCCACAACUGUAGACUGGGCAAUGGCAGAAAUGCUGAGAAACCCAAGGGUAAUGAAAGAGGCACAAGCUGAGGUAAGACGAGUCUUUGAUGGAAAAGGAAAUGUCGAUGAAGCUGGAAUUCAUGAAUUGAAGUACUUGAAAUUAGUAGUCAAAGAAACCCUGAGGCUGCACCCUUCUGCACCUCUUUUACUUCCAAGAGAAAGCAGAGAGAGUUGUAAACUUAACGGAUAUGAGAUACCGGUGAAGACUAGAGUCAUAGUUAACGCGUGGGCAAUUGGAAGAGAUCCCAGAUACUGGAGUGAACCUGAGACAUUUUAUCCUGAGAGAUUUCUUAACAGUUCAAUUGAUUUCAGAGGGUUGAAUUUUGAAUACAUACCAUUUGGUGCCGGGAGGAGAAUAUGUCCAGGCAUAACGUUUGCGCUACCAAAUAUUGAGCUGCCCCUUGCCCAAAUGUUGUACCAUUUUGACUGGAAGCUCCCAAAUGGGAUGAAUCCUGAAGAUCUAGACAUGACUGAGGCCUUUGGUGUGACGGUAGCUAGGAAAGAAAGCUUAUUGUUGAUCCCUGUUCCUUAUUGUUCUUCCCCUAAUGUUGCAUAAGAUCAUGAAUAAUGUCAGAUGGAUUUUCUUUGUUUUCUAGCGAUCAAUGUUACAGAAGUCAGCUACUGAGACAGCUAUAUGUACAUAUAUUGUUCUUCCUGUUUUCACAUUAAGUUAUAUUUUACAUAUCAAUUUUGCCUGGACUC